AUGAGCGCAACUUCCACACGCCGCCGCUGCUGCUUCUUAUUCUCGCUUCAUUGGAAAGGCAAACGCCGGGAGGCUGCUUUCAGAGCCACCCCCGGGAUGGGCUCUCUGGCGGCCCUGCAGACUGUCCUGGUGCUGGGCCUGGUGACCGGGCUGGCCGGGUGCGCCCCGGGGCUGAACGGGACGGCGGAUCGCUGGGAGGCUAUGUACUCCCGCUCCCUGGCGCGGAUCCCAGGGGAGAAGCGGGAGGAGGUCAGCCGGGACGGAGACUAUCUGCUGGGCAUUAAAAGGCUGCGGAGACUCUAUUGCAACGUGGGGAUCGGCUUUCAUAUUCAGGUGUUACCGGACGGUAGAAUAACGGGAGUACACAACGAAAACCGCCACAGUGUCCUGCAGAUCUCCCCGGUGGAGCGAGGGGUGGUGACCCUGCUGGGGGUCCGCAGCAGACUCUUUGUGGCCAUGAACCGGCGGGGGAAGCUGUAUGGAUCUUUACACUACAGCCACGAGUGUAAGUUCAGAGAGAAGCUCCUCGCCAACAACUACAACGCCUACGAGUCCAUCGCCUACCCCAAGAUGUUCAUCGGACUGAGUAAGAACGGCAAAACAAAAAGAGGAAACCGAGUGUCACCCGCCAUGACAGUGACGCAUUUCUUGCCAAGAAUCUAAUGGCCUCAUAAAUAAACUUCACCUCAGAACAGAGACAUGGGGGGGGAACCAUGAUGCACUU